AUGGAGGAACAAGAACAAGACGGACAAACAGACAUAUGCCGUGUAUGUCGAUGUGAGAGUACGCCAGAUAAGCCCUUGUAUCACCCAUGUGUGUGCACAGGAAGUAUACGAUACAUACAUCAAGACUGUCUUUUACAAUGGUUAACAUAUAGUCGAAAAGAAUACUGUGAACUAUGCAAGCACAGAUUCACAUUCACUCCAAUUUAUUCCCCGGACAUGCCAAAGCGACUUCCCAUCAAGGAUAUCUUCAGUGGCCUUCUCACAAGUGUUGGCCGUGCGAUACGCUAUUGGUUCCACUACACAUUAGUGGCCUUUGCAUGGUUGGGGGUUGUACCACUCACUGCCUGUCGUAUUUACCGAUGCCUGUUCACGGGUUCUGUCAGUUCUCUCCUCACAUUACCACUAGACAUGCUUUCUACUGAUAACCUGGCAUCAGAUUGCUUUCAUGGCUGUUUUGUGGUGACAUGUACACUUUGUGCAUUUAUAAGUUUGGUGUGGCUCAGGGAGCAGAUUCUUCAUGGAGGAGGGCCAGAUUGGCUAGAGCAGGAAAAUCCAGGGGGUAAUCAACCCAGGAAUUUCCUAGAUGGAGGGGUAGUCAACAAUUUAGUCAAUUUAGGAGGAGGAGGUGGAGUGCCUAGAGCACAGCCAGCUAAUCAAAAUGACAUAAACAACCCACCAAUGGCAGCCCCUAAUCCUCCAGCCAAUGAGGAGGAGGGAGAGGAAGAUGGAGGCAUGGACGGGGGUAACAAUGGCAACAAUGCUGCACAAGAUGACAAUAACUGGAACCCGAUAGAAUGGGACAGAGCAGCGGAGGAGUUAACCUGGGAAAGGCUGCUAGGACUUGAUGGUUCUCUGGUGUUCCUGGAACAUGUGUUCUGGGUAGUGUCUCUCAACACACUCUUCAUACUGGUGUUUGCAUUUUGUCCCUACCACAUCGGACACUUCACAUUGGUUGGACUCCACUUGGAUGACUUUGCUCUGUCCACUCACUUUGAAGGAUUGAUGACCACUAUGAUAGGUUAUGUAGUGAUAGCAGUAUCACUCGUCAUACUCUACAUGAUGUGUGCCAUAGCUAAACUCAAAAAGUUUAGAAGAGUGCUGGGUCUGUGUUAUGUGGUUGUCAAAGUUAUGUUACUAGUCGUCAUAGAGAUCGGAGUGUUUCCUCUGAUCUGUGGCUGGUGGUUGGAUGUGUGUUCUUUGUCCAUGUUUGAUGCUACAUUGAAAGACCGUAAGAACAGCUUCCACCUGGCUCCGGGGACAUCCAUGUUUAUUCACUGGUUGGUGGGAAUGGUAUAUGUGUUUUACUUUGCCUCCUUUAUCCUACUGCUUCGUGAGGUCCUCAGACCAGGCGUUCUCUGGUUCCUAAGGAACCUCAACGAUCCAGAGUUCAACCCUAUACAGGAGAUGAUCCAUCUGCCAGUGUACAGACAUGGACGCCGCUUCGUAGCAUCUGUGAUAAUCUUUGGAAGCACAGUGCUACUGAUGCUGUGGCUGCCAGUGCGAGUGAUAAAGAAGGCUCUUACAGGUUUCCUGCCUUACCAUGUCAUGCUGUCUAGUGAUGCCCCGGUCAGUGAGCUCUCCCUAGAACUACUACUACUCCAGGUGGUCCUGCCAGCCUUACUAGAACAGGGCCACACCCGUAUGUGGCUCAAGGGUAUGGUGAGGGGAUGGACAUUAGCCAUGGCCUCUAUGUUGGGACUGCGGUCCUACUUAUUGGGGGACCUACCUUUACAGGAUGGGGAUAAUGUUGUUCAAGGGGACCCUCCUGCACCGUUGGUGCCCCCAGCAAAUAACAACGCUGCACCUGCAGUGGGAGGAGGACUUGGAGGAGGUUUGGGUGCAGCCCAUCAAGCCAUGUUACAAGGGGGAGGACCGACAGGCUUUCAGGCUUAUAAACGACCAAAGUUGUUCUAUUUAAGGAUUAUGUUGCUGGUGCUGUUUAUGUGUGUAACGCUUUUCGCCUCCAGUCUAAUGUCACUUGUCUUGCCAGUAUUUUUUGGUCGUAAACUGAUGUCAUUGUGGAUGGGUGAUGCUAAGAUCCACGAGCUAUACACAGCAGCCUGUGGACUGUAUGUGUGCUGGAUGAUCCUCAGGAUUAGCACUGUACUGUACAACUGGAUCCCACAAGGCACUGUAGCUAUCCUUAACAAAAUCAAAGAAUGGGCAAUGUUGGCGAUGAAGUGUAUCAUUGUAGCAGCAUUACUGAUUGGUGUUGUUCCCUUGUUACUGGGGUUACUGUUUGAACUGGUGGUAGUGGCUCCAUUACGAGUGCCUCUAGAACAGACACCUAUAUUCUUUCCUUGGCAGGAUUGGGCUCUUGGAGUGCUCCAUGCCAAAAUUGUGUGUGCAGUGACCAUGAUGGGACCCCAGUGGUGGCUCAAACGAGUCAUAGAACAGGUUUACAAUGACGGAAUUCGCAAUAUGAACCUCCGAUUUAUCCUGACUAAACUAUGUGCUCCAGUCAUUGGUAUUCUAGGCAUGUCUUUAUCUCUACCAUAUGUUGUCGCCAAGAGUUUUGUUCCUUAUUUAGGUUUUAAUUUCCAGAUCCAGAACCUGGUACUGAGAAGAAUAUACCCCCUCCUUUUAGCUUGUAUUGUGUUUGUCCUAUUUGGGAUGUUUCAAAUUCGUCAGUUUAAAAGGCUCUAUGAGCACAUCAAAAAUGACAAGUAUCUUGUUGGACAGAGACUUGUGAAUUAUGAACCAAGACCAAGAUUUCUUUCUCAAAUCCGUCGCCAAAUGUCAUGACUUGCGAAUUCAAAGGAUUCCUGAUAAUGUUAUAUGCUUGUAAUUGUGGUGACUGGACAUACAGAAGUUACCACCGAACUUGUGGUUUAGUUGUGGCCACUAAGCAUUGAGAAAUAACCAUUAAAUGUGUGGUAUAUUUGUGGUCACUGGACAUUGAGAAAUAACCAUUAAAUGUGUGGUAUAUUUGUGGUCACUGGGCAUUGAGAAAUUACCACUAAAUGUGUGGUAUAAUUGUGGUCACUGGACAUUGAGAAAUUACCACUAAAUGUGUGGUAUAAUUGUGGUUACUGGACAUUGAGAAAUUACCACUAAAUGUGUGGUAUAAUUGUGGUUACUGAAUGUGACCCCAUCAGUGAAUUGAUGUGAUCACUAUCAGUCAGCAGGGUUUAGAAUGAAGCACCAAAUGCAGGGACAUUUCUGGUAGACUGAUACUUUUAUCAUUAUCAACCACAGAAUGAAAUGGUAGAUAUAUUGAUAAUACUAAGGAGAUUCAUGAUAUCAAGGUAGAGAGCUAGGGACACAUGAGCUGGCAAUAAAGAGAUGGAGAGACAGGGGACACAUGGGCUGUUUAUAACGAGGUGGAGCGAUAGGAGACAGAGGAUCAGUGAUAACAACAUAGAGAGAUAGGAGACACCAGGGCUGGUGAUAACAAGGUAGAGAGAUAGAGGAAACAGAGGACAGGUGAUAAUGAGGUGGAGGGAUAGAGGACACAGGGGACAUGUGAUAACGAGGUGGAGGGAUCGAGGACACAGGGGACUGUUAUUGAGAUGGAGGAUUGGAGGACACAAGGGACUGAUAAUGUGGUGCUUACAGAGGAUGGUGAUCAUGUUUUGUAAUUUAAAAAGUAAAUAUAAAUUACCAAAGGAGAAAUAAACAAUCAAAAUUGAUAACAUAAUAAUAGCUGUACUGUUUACAGCAUGAACAUAUGGCCUUUCUUGUUACCUCUCACAAGAGUAGGGAUAAUGUCCAAUACACUGGAUUAUCUCUUUCACAAGGUCAGAUGCAGUACACAGGGAUUAUGGUUAUCACCAACGUUAAGCUGGAUGCAGUAUGAAAGGCUUCUGUUGUAACACAUACCUUUGGUUAAUUUACAUCUGUCUGAUCUUCAUUCUGGUUUUAUUAUUGAAUUGGCUAAGUAUCAAUCAAAAGAAACAUUUAAGAGUAAUUCAAGAUAUUAACAUCGGUGGAGAAACACUUUAUUGUUUUAUUCUAGUGUAAACAAUCUGAUUGAUUUCUUUGUAUUGUAAAAAAACAAUUUGUUUUUGAGUUACUAUGAGCAUUAAUAAUUGAAGAUAUGUUUUUUUUUUAUGUGAAUUUUUGUUUAAUGUGUGAAACUGGCAAUAUUUCCAUUUUCUUUCACUAGAAAUGGAUCUCCUCUUCCCUUGCUUGCAGUUGACUAAUAUGAGAUGAUUGUUUCACAGUGUUUAAGUAAAUUCUUGAAAAGAACCUGUCUAGUUUUCCCAAAACCUGAUAGGGGUCAUCCCAAUUAGUUUUCAAUAUUAACAGAACUUAUUUAUUCAAGGAUAGACUGGAAAUAUGAGAUGACCUUUAACCUUUCUGUUUGGCUUAGACAAUUUUGUUUCUUAGAGUUGAUUAAAGGGAAAUUAGUACAGUUGUCUUUAUUGUAACCAUUUCAUUCAGUACCAUAUCUGCUAGAUCUACCACCAACUUCUUGGAAAUAUUUUUGCAUUAAUUACAAAUGGAAACGGGUAAGGGGUUCACACAGCACAAGUCAUUUGUUAAAAACAAGUCAAUAUGUGAGAUUUACUUGUGUAUAAAUCUGUGCUCAGAAAAUCAUCUUAAAAAGAAUCUUACUUCAAUGGAGUAAGGUUUUGUAGCAGCCACUGGUGGUUGUCAAUGUGAUAUGCUAUGGGUACUGUGUAAAUGAUAAUAUUGCAGCAUACAUGGUGAAAUUACAGUGAUAUGGUAUGUUAAAGCAUAAAUGGUGCUCGAGAGUCCACAAUUGUGUGUGCUCAUUAGCUAUGAUAGGGAGUUGUAAGUGCUCAUGUGACGAAUAGCUGAUCUGUUGCAGACACUGAGCUGUGACACAAACUUUGGUAGUGUUAUCUUGUUUUUGUUGUAUUUUGAUGUGUUGUUAAAAUAAUACCUACAUAUUACAGAAUAAUUUAUUUGUUAUUUUAAAGAAGUAAAAUAGCUUUAUCGUAAGCUUCCGAAUACCCAAUUCAUAUUUUGAACAUUGAACCAGAUCUGUAAACAAUUUUAAACUGUUUCAGUAUGAACAGCCAUAUAAACAGUAUUGUGAAUCUUUUCAAUCACUCACUCAUUUUGAUGAAGUUUAGAGAGGUUAGUGUGUCUCUAAAAUAUUGAUAAUAUUAAGCACUUGAUUUUUAAGUCAAUAGAAUUGUCUUUCAUUUGGUAUGUGUAGAUGUACAUGUGUGGGAGGGAAGACUGUGUGAGAGAGAUUCACUAUAGGAAUUGCUUCAGGAGAUGAUAUUGGUUUAGAGGCCUGUCUAAAAUGGGCAUGUUUAAAAGAAAAGGGAGUAACUAGGCUAGAGAUGUCAUUACUUGCAUUGAUGGGCGUGGCCUUCGGUGACGGGCCUGUUUAGAAGAAAAGGGAGUGACCAGGCUAGAGAUGUCACUACUUGUAUUGAUGGGCGUGGCCUUUGGUGAUGGGCAUGUUUAGAAGAAAAGGAAGUGACUAGGCUAGAGAUGUCAUUACUUGCAUUGAUGGGCACGGCCUUUGGUGAUGGGCAUGUUUAGAAGAAAGGGAAGUGACUAGGCUAGAGAUGUCAUUACUUGUAUUGAUGGGCGUGGCCUUCGGUGACGGGCAUGUUUAGAAGAAAAGGGAGUGACUUGGCUAGAGAUGUUAUUACUUGUAUUGAUGGGUAUGGCCUUUGGUGAUGGGCCUGUUUAGAAGAAAUGGGAGUGACCAGGCUAGAGAUGUCAUUACUUGUAUUGAUGGGCGUGGCCUUUAGUGAUGAAAGUGUCGAGCUGAAUUGGGAGUGACUAGGCUAUAGAUAGUGUUGGCUGUAGUAAUCAGUAUAUCCAUUUGUUAUUUAGUGACAAGACUUUGGAAGGCAAAGUUUGAUAUGAUAGGUGUGUUGCUUAUGUUGCACCCGAAGUAUUGAAAGAAGGUUAUGAGUUGUUUCGGUUGAAAUGACAAGUGUGGCCUAUGAUGGGUGUGCACAGUAAGAAAGGAAGAAAUAAGGCUGAAGGUGGUUUGGGUUGAAAUGCAGGGUGUGGCCUAUAGUGCUGACAGUAUGAAGAGUGUCGGCUUACUUAUAUAGCAGAACCCCAAAGAUUGAUAUUAAGGAUACUUUCAGUAAUGUAUCUAUUAUAAACAGAUAAAUAUGAAUCAAAGAGCUUAUGAUAAUGAAGCAAUGAUUUAGUGAAAUGGUGACUGGUGUUCAGAGGUAGGUGUGUCAUGUGCUUGAAUGAGAGGUGUGUAAGAUGUGUGCGACAGAUUCAUGAACAUUUGUGAAAGUAUCUUAUUGUUUUAUUGAAUGUUAAUUAUGUGCAAAUAAAUUAAAAUUAAAUGCAGAGGAAUGGUA